AUGACGCAAUCAUCAUCAGGCAAUUUAUUGCACAAUUCAGAUGAAAAUAACCAGUACAAGGAGUAUAGUCUUCGUUCGGAGGUGUCAAUUUUUGAUAAGAAAAUUUAUAUGGGUCCAAUACAUUGUAUUUGUUUUUCUCGUUCGAAUAGUUCAAUUUUAUAUGCAGGAAUAGGACCUAAUCUUCAUAUUUUCAACGCAUAUUCGGGAAGGGAAUUGUAUAGAGUAAAACUUUUUGAAAAGGGAGGAAGUAUAAAGGGAAUUAAAUUUUUGGAAAUUGAACAACAAGAGACAAGUGGAAAUAAUUUGUGUGAAAAUUUGAUUGUGUUUGGACAAAAACGAUUGAAAAUAGUUCAAUUGAAAAUUGAAGAAAAUAAUGGUAAAGAAGAGGUGUCUUGCUAUGUAGCAAAUUAUGGUGAAAUGUGUGAUUGGAUUUUGGACGUGAUUGAUACUACUCUAUCACUGGAUAAUUCUUCUAGAUGUUUGGCACUCGGUUAUGCCCACAAUUUUGUAGAAGUUAUAUCAUUUGAUUUGAAAAAUCUCAACCCUUUUGGAGAAAUGAAACAUUUGACAACUAUUGAAGAGAAUUUUUCAUUAACAAUUUUAACAUCUUUCAGAUCUUACCCUAAUUGUUUGCUCUACUCCAUGUCAUUAUUCAUGUCACAAUCUGAAAAUCCAAUUUCAACUGUAAAUGAUAUUAUUGAUAGAGUUGACGUUGCUUCUGGUACCGUUUUCAAUCAAGUAAUUGUUUGGAAUGCCAAAUUUAACACAAAGGAUACAGUAAUUACUCUUAAAGGUCACGAUGGUGUUUUGUUCCAUGUUGAAUGGGCUAAAGAUGGCAAAAUGUUAUGCUCAACAUCGGAUGAUAGAACUCUGAUACUGUGGAAAUUUGAUGAAAAACCAUUCAGUAAUACAGGCCAAGUUGGAGAAAAAUUCUCCUACAAGAGUAUAACAUUUUUUGGGCAUACAGCAAGAGUUUGGCAUUGUAAAUUCACUCAAAAUUUUAUUGUCUCUGCAAGUGAAGAUGCCACAAUUAGAAUUUGGGAUUAUGAAGGAAAUUGUGUCAGUACACUACAAGGCCACAUUGGAAGAAAUGUCUGGAGAGUUGAUGUCGAUAGAGAUGAGCAAAUAAUAGCCAGUGGUGGAGGAGACAGCUCUGUAAAAUUAUGGUCUCUCAAACGUAUUAAGGACUUUGCUGUUGUUCAUGAAACUCUCACUUUACCAAACAUGAAUACAGCAGUUUUGAAAAAGCAAGCCGAUAUGGUUCGUUGUAUGCAUGCAAAUAAUCACCUUGUUUAUGUAGGAACAAAACGAGGUAUAGUUUUUGAGAUUAAUAUGUUAUUAGGACAACAUAGAGAAGUUUUCAAUAUUAGCUCAACCCUGAGUCAAAACACAUUGCUUACAGUAAUCAAAUGUUCUCCAUGUGGAAAUUUUUUGGCAAUAGGUAGCUCUGAUGGUAAUUGCUUGAUUAUUGAUUUAAAGACUAAUGAAUUAAGGGUCAAGUUUUCUCCUUUCGGUACAAGAAUUCUCUCCAUCUUUUGGGUAACCAACUUAGACUCUACAUUCAGUCUCUAUUUUACGUCACCUAUGGGUAUUGUAAAGUGUAUGAGAAUGGUACCAAUUGAACAUAUUCUUACAAUCGAGGAAGGUGCACAAUAUACUAUGAAAGGUAAAGUCCAAACAAUGUGUGCUGUAAGAGAUGAGAAAAUUAUCUUAACAGGAGAUGAUAAUGGAUUUGUUCACAUUUUGAGAGUGAAUGAUACUAUCCAAGAAUAUUCCCCUGAAUUUUUGGUAAAAUCACACACAGACCAAGUUUGUGACAUUAAGUUUAUUAAUAGGAAUAAUAUUUACUCUGUUGGAAGGGACGGAACUAUUUGCUUUUAUGAUAUGGUUGAGGAUGAAAAUGGCUUGCUUUCACUUGUAAAGCACGGUCAAGAAAAGAUGAAGAGUAUCAUACCAAUAAUGGAUAAAGUGUACGUGAUCGAGAAGGUUGAAACAACAGGAGAUUACAAAUUACUUGUUGGAUGUGCUGAUUUUGUUGAUACUAUUCCAGCCUCAUCAUUCAACAAGAAGGAAACAGAAAUUAUUUUACUAGGUUUCUAUGGAGCCCACUUUAUUGUAUAUAACUACUCCAAGAGGUUUAGAGUUGCUUCUUGCCAAUGUGGAGCCUCCAGGGGAAUUUACAACUUGGAUUAUUCAGAUAUUUAUGGAACUAAUCAAUUAUGUUUUUCUGCUUCAUUCUUCAGAGACUCUCAAAUUCAGCAUUUCAGAGAAAAGCAAGAAUCUUCCCUCACACUCUUCAAGAAUCAAACUCCAUUCACUCAAUUCCAUGGUAGAGAAGUUUUGAAUGCUAUUCAUUGGAAAUCGAAUGAUGGAAGUCUCAGAAUACUCACUUCCAGCGAAGAUACAAAAAUUAGAUUACUUUCCUAUCCUAAAGAAGAUGAAUCACUUUCAUUGUCUUUGAAUACCAUGUCCAUUCUUAAUGGUCACGAAAGUAGUGUCAAGGAACUUGUUUUGGCCAAUAUUUCUGGAAAUAGUGGUGGAAAGGAACAAUUAAUUAUUUGGAGACUUGAAGAACACGUCGAUAGUGAAGGGUACUCUACAAUAACUUCUGGUACGCUAUUAAAUAUUGGACUGACAAAGCAAUAUCUCCCACUCUUCCAUCCUCAAAUUUAUAAUGAUCACAUUCUCAGAAAGGAAACUACAGAAAUUGACACUUCGAAAAGCUACUUGGUAAAGAAUAAGACUAGAAUGGAUGUUAUUAACUUUAGAAUUUUAGCUUUGGAAACAUUUUCUACAGACGAUAAGGAAUUGAUAAUUUUCACAGGAAGUAGUGAUGGCUUAAUUAAGAUUUUCAAAACAGAAAAUCAAUUGACUCAACUCAAACCUCUUGGAUGUAGCUCACCUCACACUGGUCCAGUCAUGUCAUUGUCUUCUAUUGUCAUCGGCAAUACUAGAUUAUUAUUUUCUGGAUCAACAAAUGGAAAGAUUUACUGCUUUAGAAUUCCAGAAUUUUCCAGCAGCGAUUUGACUGUCAUUCAACCAUUCUUUGAAUGUGAAGUUCACCAAUCUGGUGUAAAUUGCAUAAGCAUUGCAUUAAGUGAAAAUCCAAACACCAUUCAUAUUGCCACAGGAGGAGACGACCAAUCGGUCAAUUUGGCAGUAUUGAAAUAUGAAAAUGAUUCUUUAGAAAUUCUUAGAAACAUGCAUAUUGAAUCAGUACACAGCUCUGCUGUGAGUGGUAUCUAUACGAAUGGAAAGAAUUCAAUCAUUUCCAUUAGUAUCGAUCAAAGAUUGAAUAUGUACAAAAUUUCCUCAACAGAAGAUGCUUUUGAGAUUGUUGCCAGUUGCAUGAGUGAGUUGAGAAGGCAAGAAAUAGAUGUGGUCACUCCGCUAGUACCAAUUCUAAUAACACGAAGAGAAGAUGAUGAUGAAGAUGAAGCCUUUCUUACACUUAGAUUCUCGUCACAAGUUGGAUAUAAUGUGAUUGAGCCUCAUUCAAAUGAUAUUUUCAACUCAAUUCAUGUUGGUAUAAAGAAUCCAUACCAAAAUUACAUCACAACUGCAGAAGCUUUGAAUACUCUGUUAGUACUUUUGAAUCAAUUGCAAGAGAUUUCAGCAAAAUUUGUAUCGAUAUGGUUUGUUGAUGUAAUCGAAUGUCUUGUGUCACCUCACAAAACUAAUAAUACUAAAUUCAAAAUAUCAGAAAGAGAUUUAGCGGAAAUAUCUAAAAGUUUAUUAGCUUCAAUUGAGGAUUAUCAAAAAAUGCUUAAACAAAAUCUAACUGUUCCAGUCUAUGAAACUACUCAAAUACAGCUAAAGGCCAUCACAAAUAAUAAUGGAGCUACGUUGAAUUGGAACCAGAUUCUGCCUGAAAUAACAAAUAGACAACAAAUUAUAGGAUUCAAAGCCUGGGGAUAUAUUCUUUACUUUUUACAGAAAAAUAUUUCAAAAGAAAAUGUACUUUCAAACCUUAAUGAAAUUAUCAAACCUAAGUUAGCACUAAGAUCUGAGGAUUCUCAAGCAAGUUCUUCCCAAUCCUCUAAAACUAUGGAAAUUGUAAAUAAUAUGCUUGUAUGUGAGUGUAUCGAGUAUAGUUGGACCAUGCUCAUACAGUUAAUGAGCUCACAUAGCAAAAUACAUGCUAAAGGAAGGCUUGCAUUAUUGCUAAAGCCUUUACUGGCACCACUAAAAACAGCAGCUCAAGGCUAUUCGAAUCCUUCAGAUAGAAAAUUAAGAGAAAUAUGCUAUCAAAAGAUAAUUCUUCAUUUAUUGCCUGAGGCAGAUAAGGAAAUUUCUUUAUUCUUUGAACAUUUAUUGAAACCUCUAUUUACUGCUGUAGCUAGCAAGGAAACAGCAGACUAUGCUUUACAAGAACAGCUCGUUCUCUUUUUGGGACAAUGGUUAUAUAAUGACCAACGAGACAAUUUCAAAGCUAGAAAAAAGAGGGUCGAGGCACUUUCACAAGACGAUCUAGAUGAGGAUGUGGUUUACAGACAUUUCUUAACUGGUUCUACAUUUGUUAAUGACAUUUCAUUCCUUGUUCGCAAGGACUUUGCUUAUCUAUUUUCUGCGAGUUGUUUGAAGCAAGAUGGCCUAUUCAUUUGCCAGCCAAAUACUAAAGCAAGUGAUGCCCUUCAAAGAUUGGAAUUUUUUGCUAGUAAUAUCAAAGUAUUUUUCAAUACCUUUUUCUACAAAUUAGUGGCUGGGUUAGUGCAGAGUUUUAAUGUAGAUACAACGGAUCAAACCAUAGAAAACUCUAAACGUUUUAGCAAAACUCUCAAUUUCUAUUUUAGAUCCCUUUGUCAGGUUAUUGUUUCAUAUUUAAGGAAUGUCCCACGAGAUAUGAAAGAAAGUGAUGCAGAAAAAUAUUCAUCCCUUUUGGUGCAACUUAUUACAGGUCUUUUAACAUUUUGUGUGGAAAACGUUUUACACUAUUCUACCUCGGAUUCAUCUCCAAUGUUGGAAGAAUGGAUUCAAGAAAUGUCUUCUGCAUUUAUCAAAAGCUUUGUUGAAUGCUUCCCAGUCAAUCUUCUAAUUUCUGGUACAUGCAAUUCAAUCAAGGUUUUCAUUGAUGUGAAGGCAAUAACAAGUGGUAUCAAGGAUUCACUGAAGCCACCUGAACUGAAAAAAUCUCCUUUCUUUGCUCUAAUUUACUGCCUCUAUAGACUUGCAUUCUCGGCUUUCAAUAAUUCACCAACAAAACAAUAUGGAGAUAAGAUUUGUGAAAUGAUUAAUAAUAGUGUUACAAUGUUAUGUAAUAGAGUAUUGGUUGAUUUACUGACUAUUCCAAAUCUGUAUAACGAUUCAAUUGAUUUAAUAACAACACAUCAAGAAGUAUGUGUUGUAUCUAAAACUAUUUCCUCAGAUACAAUAGGAUUAACUAAAUUAUUAGAGUGUCAAAUGAUUUUAUGGAAAAAAUAUUGUAGCUCUAUAAGGGAUGAAAUUAGAGCUGUGGAUACAUGCUUUUCUUUGAUGAUUAGCAAAACUGGUGAUGCUAAUCUUCCGAAUACAUCAACAGAAACUCUACAAAAGAGAAAGAAGCAAGCUCAAGAGCUUAAAGCCUAUCUUUGUAAGCAAAACCCAGAAAAUCAAAAACAGACGGAUUCAGGGCUUACCAGCAAGGUACUUACUCCAGAAUUUUUACCAUUACUGGAGAAGCUGAUAUUUUAUCCUUUUGAUCUUUUUGGAUGCAAGCUUACCCUUAAUGGAAAUAUUAUGUCGGAUGAUAUCAAACCUGAGUUUAGUAUAGAAGCUCACCAGAAAGUAAUCAACACAAUACUUUCGAAUGACAGUGAGAUACUUCAUAUUCUUAAAGAAAUGCUUGUAUUGUUUGGAAAUGUAACAUCCAAUACCAACAUGCCACCUUUCCAUUAUAUUAGCAAACAUUUGAAGAAUAACCUUUCUCACCACCAUUUACAAAAAAUAUCAGAAGAUUUAUUGGAGAAAUUGAACUGUCAAUAUCUUUGUAUAUUAAGUGAGAUUGAAAAAGAGGAUAUCAACGGUAUAACAUCAACGUCAUAUGUGCUAAUGAGAAGUUGGAUUCUAUUUGGUACCAAAAUACUUUCAUUACUUUGCACUGUUUGUCAUGAAUCCCAGAGGUUCAAGGUUUCUAUACUUUCUAUACCAUCAGGAAAAUCUACCAUACACAAUCUUCAAUUACUUCUCAAAACCUUUGUUUGGAUGAUAUUUGAUUAUAGAAGACAAUUUUCAAAGCUUUCUGAUCCGUUCUUUGAUUUAAUAACUCAACUAAUGUCUGAACUGAAGAACAUUUUAACUCUCUCCAGAAGUGCACAACAUGCAAUUCAAUUUGCUCAAGAAUAUGCCGAAGAGAUUCUCUUUGAUAAGGACUUUACUACUUUAUUUGAGCUUCAAGGGUCAUUCCUAUCAAGGAAAAAUCAAAGUGUUGUCUAUUCAACAGAGGAGAUGUUACAAUUUGCCACUCUUUGCGAAAAUAUUUGGGAAGGUGUUUUCAAUCAAGUUAGUAAGUGGUGUCUCCAGGAUGGUGUAGUUUUUGAUCAAAACAUGUUAAAUCAAAUGGAGAAAGUAUUGGUGAUUGGAUUGGACUCUAAGAGAAAUUCUAAAGUGAAACGUAUCACCACCCAAUUCUGGAUUUCAUACUUUUCACAGUCGAAGACCUCUCUCAAUUACUCUCCAAGCUUGAAACAAGCUUUCUCCAAUUUACUUCAGAAGGGAGAGAUUUCUAAAGCUGACUUACCAAACUUUCCUUUCGAAGAAUCAGAUUUACCAAAACCUGCAAUGCAAGCACCAACCAUUGUAGCCACGACAGAAAAUAAGGACAAUAAGAGAAAGAGGGCUGAAGAGGUAAAACAAGAAGAAGAACAAAUUGCCCUUAAGGAAGAAGUAGAAGAAAGGACAGAAUCUAAUAAGAAGAAACUAAAGUUGACUAAAUCACAGAAGGAAAAGAUGCGUGAAAGAAAGGAAACAAGACUUGUAGUUCCAGAAAUGAAUCCUAGUCUCUUGUCAUCAUCACUUCUAUCCAUUGAUGAUAGUGAUGAAGAGGUUGAGGUAAAGGUCAAGAAGGAAACUGUAAAUAAUUUGCUUAAUAUUAGCGAUAUUGUUUCUGCUCCAGUUGUCGUUAAUAAUAAUCUUGCACCAAAUAACCUGCUGAAUGACAGUUCCAUGAUAGAUAUCAAAGAUAUUCCAAUUACUCCUAAAAAAGAGAAUGGUGAAAGAGUGAUUAACCUUAUCACUCCUGAUUUUAAUAGAGCUUUGGAAUUAUCUCCAAUAAUGAAAGAGGAAGAGAAGGAAAAUAGUUCAUCUGUAGAAGAUUUAUUCAGCAAGUUGGAAUCUGGAUGUACCCCAAAACAAUCCAAUUCAUCCUCGUCGUGCUCUAUAACUUUUACAGCUCCUGAAAAUCAGGUCAAGAUUGAAAAACCUGAUGUCCAAUUAACAUCAGUGGGAGAGUCAACACCAGAAAAAACCAGUAUAGAAGAUGAUGAAACUCAGAUAACUCAAACCAGUGCACAAAAACAUAGCUCCCCAAAUAUGAAUAAUGUAGCCAUUACGCCAAUACUAAAGAAGAGCCCCAUUAGACCUCAUCAACCAAUUGAACCAACAAGUGAAAGAAUGGAAAAGAAGAAGCAAGUAAGAUUUGUUUCAGAUCAUAAUCUUACCUUUACAGAGCAUUUGACCACAUUGGAAACUCUUAUUUCAACAAGGAAUUUGGAUGAUUUAUUCUCCUCAAAGGAAGAAAAGGCAAGAGCAGCUCAAAAACUUCAUGCGUUGCUUGGAAAAUUUUUAUUAAAGGAGGAAUAAGUAUUAACAAUGGU